UGGGUGUAAUGUUUGCCCUCACAGCCUGAACAGCAGUGACCCGUCAGAUUUCACGUCAAUGUGUAGAUUGUAGGUUCCGUGGUUUACUGACCAUUGAUACAAUGGUCACUAUUUAUCUGACCUGGUAGCCCUCAAAGCAUAAUGAUCUAAAUGUAGUUUAGGCUGGAAUAGUGAAAAACCGGAUAUCUAGUGUCGAGCCCCUGGACGAACGGAAACCGACGACGGGCCUCGGUAUGUCCUGUCCUUGGCGGGAGAGCGAAAUGAGGUGGCUUGCCGGGACUUGGUUGGCGACCGAGCAGAUCAGAGGUAAGUGGUAGAAACCACGACGGUAUCGGCAUUGGGGGUCGACUUUGGUGACGAUGUGAACGCAACAGCUGCCUUUGGCACUCUGCUAUGAACACCAGGCGAGUCAACGGAGAAGAUGAUUACCCCUAGCGGCUGAAGGUCCGGAUAUUUCCUCGAGAAUGAAGACCCCGUCAUGACCAGCAUUUUGAUUCACUCCUAGUGAAUUCAUUGUUGACACGACAGAAAAGUUACCGGUCUCUGUCAAGAGAUACUUACAUCAUUGUAACACUUCACCGAACGAUUCUGACAGCAGACGGCCGGUAACAACCCUACAUUACUGGAGAACGAAUUCCACGUUUGCGAACUGACUUCGACGGCGGGCACGAGGCCAGGUUUCUUCCUGUCAGGUUCUGAUCUCCUUCUUCACGUCUGAUCGGUCUUUCAUAAUCUCAUGCACUUUUCUCAUUGUCAUCUUACGAAACCGAGAUGGUUUCUAAGCUUGACACAAUUACCUUAGACCUCCCCAGACAGCUCAUACAAGUCGAAUCCCGACACCUCGCUUACCCCCUCUCCACCUAAGAACCAAGGGCAGGGUGCGUCCGGCCAGCAUAAAGGUCUUGCCUCGGGAAACUUGUGCCUUUUGGCGAUGACGAAAAGCUGCACCGAUAAAAAGUGUCUUGAACCGCUUUCACUCCACACGUCCCGGAAGCAAGGUAUCAAUACUCGCUUUACUAGUACCGCCAAAACAACCAUCGUCUUCUCGUUCCAUUAGCGGCACACGUCGAUCCCAUGAACACGGAAAUGUGUAGAGGAGAAAGCCACACUCGCCCACCCUCCAAGCCACUGAUCUCAUUGACGCAUGCAUGAUCGAUCCCUAGGAACACCAACUCAUUUAUACUACACACUACAUUCAUGGCUCCCUUGUUGAUCAAAGAAGGUUGCAUCCAGGUCCUAGCCCACACGCCCAGCAGCGUCAUCUACGCGGUCGACACCGACGCUGAACCUGGUCAUGCUAAAGACACAUCCACAGUCCUGAAAGGCUGGGCAGUCUGGUCCAAGGGCAGCGAGCCACUUGGCCCGGUACGACCCGCGGAGGAGGCGGACGCGAUGGUCCGUAGAGAGGCGGCCAUCUACGACGCCCUAAGGAAGCACGACCGUAUCCUCGACUGCGUCAGCCUCGAGGUGGCCGUCCUGGAGGGAGCUGGCCCGGAGCCGAAAGCCUGGGCCCUGCGCCUAGAGCGUGCUCCCGGCAGCAGCUUGCGCCAGUAUCUGUACGACAACCCGUCACUCCCCCCGGCGGAGCGGAUCCGGCUGUGGUUGGCAACCCAGUUCGCCCAAGGCCUCGCGCAUGUGCACUCGCGUAACGUCGGUUGGAGCGACAUCCCGACCCUCAACGCCCUCCUUUUCGACGGCUGGCGCCUCAAGCUCUGCGACUUUGGCACCUCGUCGCUCUUUGAGGACUAUGACCACGACUGGUGGGGUGCCGAGAGCCGUUAUACACCGCCCGGACCCCAGGCCAACGCCUAGGUGCGAAAGGACGUCCGCGUCGGCACCAUCCACCGCGAGAGAUUCGCCCUCGGCUCCGCCAUC